UUGCAAUUUUAUACUCCGUAAUAUAUAUAUUAUUGAGUAUUAUUAAGGCGGAAUAUUCGGGUUAACGACACAUGCUUCUUGGUAAACUGUACACCCAACGGUGACAAUCGCGGGUACGGCAUAUCUUCUACUUGUCCUCAAUCGAAUCAAUCAACCGCACAAAUCUACAGUUCCGUGCAAUCCCAAGAAUUCUGAAUUCCCAGAGCAGCGUGGCAAUCCAGGAAUUCCCCAGCGUUUUAAUUCCCCUUUUGAGCUUCGAGAAGAAAAUUAGGAUUUUUAUUCCCAUGGCUGACUCCAUUUUUAUCUCUUUUCUUUUAGCUUCAGUACUACUCAUUUCGUGGAGUGGCAUCAUCCAUGGCGAGUCCAAUGAAGAACAAGGGUUCAUCUCAGUGGAUAUAUCCAAUAAAGGUCUUAAUUUUGCGAAGAAUAUAUUGGUUGAGACUGCUGAGUCUUCGUUAGUUCCACUUGAGCUGCCUGAUAUCAAGAAAUCUGUGGAUAUCCCUGUUGUGGGGAAAGUUGAGAUGACUCUUUCUAAUGUUGUUAUAAAUACAAUAGAUGUGGUUUCCUCAACUAUCAAAACUGGUGAUUCUGGUAUUCUUAUAGCUGUUUCUGGUGCCACUGCCAAUUUGACUAUGAAUUGGAGGUAUUCAUAUAAAACUUGGUUGUUUCCCGUUAUCUCUGAUCAAGGAAAAGCCUCUGUUCAGGUUGAAGGUAUGGAUAUGGGACUUACUCUCAGUCUUCAAAAUCAACAAGGAUCUCUUGCACUGUCUCUCCUUGAUUGUGGAUGCUUUGUGGAAGAUAUAUCAAUAAACUUGGAUGGUGGAGCUUCCUGGCUAUAUCAAGGGGUACUAGAUGCUUUCGAAGGUAAAUUAGUCUCUGCAGUUGAAGAUGCCGUCUCAACGAGAAUAGGAGAUGGAGUUGUGAAGCUUGAUUCUGUUUUGCAGUCUCUUCCCAAGGAAAUACCUAUCACUGAAUUUGCUUCUUUGAAUGUUACUUUCAUUGGUGAUCCGGUGAUGAGCAAUUCUUCUGUUGUGCUUGCAAUCAAUGGUUUACUAAAUAACACAAAUGAAAGUAUUCUUCUCAAACAUUACCACGGACUUCUCUUACCUUUGAUUGCCUACAAGGAUCCAGAUGAGAUGAUUACAAUAUUCUUGCAUGAAAAUGUUAUAAAGUCAGCAUUAUCUGUUUAUUUCAAGGUGGAUAAGAUGCAUUGGAUUGUUGAUCAAGUACCUGAACAAGCCCUACUAAACACUGCCGAGUGGAGAUUCAUUAUCCCAAAGCUGUACAAACUAUAUCCUAAUGAUGACAUGAGCCUGAAUAUUUCUGUAUCUUCGACACCGUCUAUUAAAAUCGAAAAACAGCAGAUAUAUGUGACGAUUCCUGCAGAUGUAAUUAUUAAUGUUCUGGAUGAGGAUGAAGUAGUACCCGUUGCAUGCAUUUCAGCAGAGAUCACUGGCUGGGUUUCUGCAAAGAUUUCAAGUAGUACUCUAGCUGGUAGCGUCAAAUUAGACCACUACACCAUGUCUUUGAAAUGGAGCAAAAUCGGUAAUCUGCACUUGUUUCUUGUUCAGACAAUGAUGUCCGCGGUGCUGAGGACUGUGGUGCUGCCACUUGUGAAUUUACGCCUCGAGCUAGGAUAUCAUCUGCCAUCUUUCUACGGCUAUGAGCUCCAAAAUGCUGAAAUCUUCUUCACUGAUUCAUGGAUUACAGUAAGCAGUGAUGUAGCUCCCAUAAAACAGUUAAACCUCAGUUAUUGGCCAUCUUUAUCUUCCACUGUAACAUCAUCAGGCAUGUACAUGGUUUAGACAAACUGGGAUCAGCAAGCUAAGCAGCAAGCUAAGGUUCUGUGUAAAUUGUGAAACAACACAUUAUAUUGUUGAAGUAGAGUAGUUAAGUUCUUAGCUUCAAAAUGAGGUGAGGAAUUGAAGAUUCUUUCAAACUUUUGUUGUAAGAUGCUGUAAAUAAAGAUUCAUUCUCAAUUCAAGAACUUUUGUUGUAAGAUUCGAUGCUGUAAAUAAAGGUUCAAUGGAAUUCAUUCUGCCACUCC